CGUGCCUUCGAGCACGGACCGAGCUGCGCCCGUGGCCCGUGCCAGAGCCUUCAUCGACGGGGCUGCGAGUACCUCGACCAGCUGCUGGCGUAGCCUCCGUGAAGAAGGCCGAGUGCGUCGUCCAACGGGGCGUAGCGGCCUCCUGCACGCGGCUUGCGCCUGCGGCUAAAAAUCUUCGAGAGAGCGGCCGCACAUACGGACAGAAGCAAUGUCGAACACUAGCCUCUCCCGCCACCCAUCCCAAGUAAGCGUGACGGGAUCCGGCAGCUCGAACUCGCGCAUAGAAGUGAGCUCGGUGCAAGUGAACGAGGACGAGCAGGGCGGAAACCUGACCAUCUACGGUGGAGCCCCAUGCAACAUCCGGACCACCAUCUCGUCAGAAGGCACGAACUACCAGAUCGCGGACCAGGCUGGCCAGGUAAGGAACAUCAAUGUGCCGAAUUCACGCCCACCGUCAGGCUUUCAAGGCAAGUACGAGAAGCGAGUGAUCAUCGAGAACGGCGUUGAGACCAUCGAGGAGUACCAGAACGACCGGCUUGUGAGCCGUACCGUCAACGGAGUUCCACAGCAAAUCUGAAGAACGGGAAGUGAUGCAACUCGCAGCCCCUGGACGACGGACUUACACAACUCCGCUCUCGAACGCUCCUUGCAAAUAAAUUAGGCCGUCAAGAUGGCGACUAUAACGACGCGGUUC